AUGGAAGUAAUCGUUAAUUCUACAACAGCGCCACUCAAGCCGGCAGUUGUUGAAUCAAUAGUAUCUUUGAUAGAAGAGAGGACAGCCCCACGGCCCCAGGAAUCACGGGAAUACACGCUCACUAUACUGUUGCUGGGGACAGAUGACUCUAGUAAGACACAACUAUUUGAGCUUUUGCGAGAGUAUUUUCAGAUUCCGUGCGGGGAAAAGGGAGAAAAAAGCAACUCUCUAACGGUUGCCAGCUUCAUCGACAGCAAGCAGUUGUGCCUUAAGAUUAUUAAUGUGCCUGAAAAGGGGAUAACAAGAAUUCAGAAGGACUAUCCUCUUACUUCUGCAUGUGUCUUCGUUUGCGAUCUGUCCUCAGACGCAUCAGUAGCCUUCAUGAAGGCACACGUAGACGAGGUGACUGUCAUCCUCAGAAAAGAGUCUGUCCGACUCCAGAGCAUCUAUAAUGCGGCUCUUCUCCCAGCGUCGUCUGAUCCUUCCUCUGGCCUGACACUAGACACCUUGAAGCGUGCCAUGACUGCUCCUCGCUUUGUGCCACACAUCUUGGCUGUUUGCAAUGUUGAGAAUGUGGUAGAUCAGCAGCUAAAGGCACAAAUGCGCAACUUUGUGCUCGACAGAGAGCUACGUUGGGCUGAGGUGAGCGUGUAUACCGAGUCGAUCGUCCGGUCUGUCCUCUGUCUGGCCAGAGGUGUCGCAGACGACUAUGAUUUCAUUGAUGGCGCGUCGUGGGACAACUUCAAGAGCUCUGCGGAUAAGCAGGGUGGGUGCUUCAUCAUGUGA